AUGUCAGAAUUACUUCAGAACUGGCUGAACAAUGAGGCGCGGAAGGUUCGGUUCGGCUUGGAGUACGGCGUUGCAAGUUGUGUCGGCCUGUCGACAAAUGUCUCCAACUUUGAGAAGGACUUCGCAUCCGGCUACCUUUUCGGUGAGAUCUUGCACAAGUUCUGGCAGGCUGAUGCGGAGCAGUUCCAGAACAAGAAUUCGCACCAAGCGAAGAUUGCCAACUUCAAAACGCUAGAGCCCAUUCUCAAGGCUCUGGGCAUUAAGUGCAAUGCUACGCUGAUCAACGCGGUGAUGAACGGCGAGCGUGGGGCAGCGCUGAGGCUCCUCUACCAGCUGAAAAUGGCAUCGGAGAGGAGUGAGCGCCCGAUCCUAGCCCUCCAGGCAUCGUCGCUUGAGACGCAGGCCAAUGCAGGAUGGCCUGGAGCUUCCACGAAGGUCAGACAAGCUCGCAUGGAGAAGUUGACCCGGAAGUUUGAGCUGGAGAAGCACAAGCAGGAGAUCGUGGCCUACGAAAUGGAUAACAUUGAGAUGGCACAUGUGGAUGAGCAGCGGCAAAUCCACCGCUUCAGUCUGCGCGAGCGGCUGCGGCAGAAUAGGGCCGCCAAGGACGAGUGGGAAGCUCGAGGGCACGAGCUCUGGCAGGAGAACAUGAAGGUGCGCAUGGCCAGGGAGGGCGCAGAAGCCCGAUUCAAUGAGGUUGUCUUCAAGAAGCAGCAGGAGAAGGAGCGACAGACGCGGGGGGUCGCCACCUCGGAGGUCCUCCAGGGCACCAAGGACUUUGAAGCUGGCUUGAUCAGCCUGGGUCUCUCGCGCAAGUUAGAGGCGCGGCGGAUCAAAGACCUUGCCGAGGACGAGAGUUCUGAGGACGACGACCAAGAGGAUAGCGGAGAGAGGCUUUUGUCGCAGACCUCCAAGGUCGCAACGGCCAAGGAGCUCGUCGAGGCUCUCCAGUCCAAGCUGCCCACCAGCCAGGAGCUAAACUAUGAAGCUGGACUCUUCAUGCGGAAGAUCAAGGAGUCCAAGCAAGCGGGCGCCAUUGCACGGCGCGAGCGGGAACGCCGGCGGCGUCGCGUCCUGGUGGAGCAGCAGCGUGAGCAGGAGAUGCUCGAGGAGAACCAGUUAGAGCAGGUGCUGCUCGAGAAGUUAGGGCGGCAGUCCUUGGAGGAGAGUGCCAUCAGCUACCGCAGCUGGCGAGCGAAGACCUUCGAGGAAGUUGUUGUCAGGAACAGGCAAGCACGUCAACAGCAGUAUUCAGCGCAGAAGAAGGCGGACAAAGAGGAGGCGCUCCGCCGGGACCAGGACCUCAGAGAUGAGAUGGUGGAGACUAUGCGCGAGCAGGAGGAUCGCGAACAGGUCCGCUACCGAGCCAUCGAGCGUGGCCGCCAUGCCAAGCGACGCGAGAAGCUGCGCGAGGAGAUGGAGGGGAUCUUGGACCUCAUCAUGCAGAUGGCCUUUGCGGACAUAGAGCAGGAACAGCUGACAGAUAAGGAGGAGGUGGACCCCACUCUCUGGCGUGAGUGGGUGGCGCUCUUUGAGGAGAAUCUUCCGGUUCACCUGGUGCCCGCCUUAGCGGAGUGCGCAGAGGAGCCGGCUCCGCUGACGUCAAUGCCCGAGCCCACGGGCCUGGCAAAUCUUCAUCCUCCAGGAAGCACCCUGAACGCUGCCGCCCUGCGAGACUUCGUCCAGGGGCUUGGCCAGUGGGAGGUCCCGAAGACGAUCUUGGAUGAGGCACAACCUGCAGUGGUGCCGUUUGACCAUGAGGCAGAGGUGAAGAGCGCCCUGGAAGAGGUACAGGAGAUCUCUUUCGUGUCGAAACUCACAGCGGAGAUGGACAUGGUUGACGGCGUUCCUGUCAACUACCGCUUUGGUAUGGUCGUUGCCUCUAUGAUUGAGAGGAUGUACAAGGAGCCGCCACCAAAGGCACCUCCUUCAAUGCCGGAGGUUCCGGUGCGCAUCGUUCUCACAGGCAAGCCGUAUGCAGGAAAGCGGACAGUGGCAAGACGACUUGCUGAAGCCUACGGACUCGAGGUGUUGAACCUGGACGAGCUGGUCCACCACUGCCUCGAGCUUGGCAAAGGGGAAGCAGAGGAUGCCGAACCGAGUGAGCUGCAGGCAGUUGGCCAGAAACUUGUGGCACUGCUUAAUGCUGGGCAGGCUGUGCCGGCCGAGCUGUAUGUUCAGAUGAUCGUCACAAAGUUACGGAUGCUCUUUCCCGAGGACAUCAAGGCUCCCGAGGCAGAGGAGCCAGCUGCCGAUGGGCAGGAGGUCGUGGAGGCCCUUGCACGACAGGCUAGCCCUCCGACAGAAGAAGCGACGACUGCAGAGGCAGCUGGCAACUCGGAGGAGAAGCCGGAGGCCCUGGCGGAGCCGGGUGCUGCGAUGGCCAGCGCUGAGGAUGGCACGGUGGAUGCUGAGAACCAGGCAGCAGAUGGGGCAGCCGAAGCCGCAGCGGUCCAAGGUGGUGGAGGUGGUGACCCACUGCUGACACCGCGUGGGUGGAUUCUGCUUGGCUUCCCUGAUGAUGCGGUCAGGUUGGCUCUCCUCGAGAGAUUCCUUAGCGGCUUUGUGCGCCCGCAGGCUCAACCCACGCCGAAGGCCUACCUGCUUCGAAAGGAGGCAGAGAUCAUUGCGCCACGGCCUCCAGAGGAGCCGGAGGAAGCGAUACGUCAACCAGGAGGCUACGACCUCCACUUCCGGCUGGACCUCUCCCUCAACGAGUCGGUUCGCCGCGCCUGCGGGCGACGGAUCGAUCCGACCACGAGCUUGGAGUAUCACAUCGAGGACCACCCUCCUCCAAACAAGAAGUCUGUCAUCUAUGAGAGGCUAGAGCCAGCAGACAGCCUGGAGAAGUCCAUGGGCACGCUUACACAGCGCAUCCAUCUCUUUGAUGUCUCGCAGGAGGAGGUAGAUGAGAUUUUGGGCCACUUCGGCCCUUACCCCGAUGUCCCACGGCUUGUCGAGAUUGAUGCUAGCGGCAGCAGUGACUCGACCUACGAGGCAGUCGAGGAACAGGUGGCCCUCCUCUUGGACCGGAAGAAGGCUGAGCUGGCGCGGCAGAAGGCUGAGGCUGAAGAGGCGGCAGCUGCCAAGGCGGCCGAAGAGGCCAAGGAGGAGCAGGCAAAGGCCACCGAUGAGCCUACAGAUGGCGCCGAGGCACCGGCCGAUGCCCCAGCUGCUGAGCCGGCAGCCGACGAUGCACCGGAGUCCACGGAUCCCCCGCCGGAGCCGCCAUUCGAGCCAGUGCAGCUGAAGGACUUGCCUUCGCACGUGGAAAAGAUCGAGGGUCCAGUCUUUGACCUCCUGAUGCAGGAAUGGACGGAGCUCCAAGACAGCUUCGUGGCCGCGUUGCACCAGCUCUUCAACUGGCAUCGAUGCCAUCUUUCUGAUUUCCGGAGUGGCCUCUAUGGUAUGAAGCAGCGCUUUGCGGAGUACUUGCAGCGCGUGGAUGGGAAGCAAUCCCUGGUGGACGACUUUGUCCUGAACUUCAAUGCGUUCACGGAGGAGUAUCCCGACAUGCGCAAGCAGGACGCGACGAAGGCUGAGUUUCACCUCCGAGCGGACGAGCUUCACAGCAGGCUCAAAACUGAGGUGGAGAAUCAGCGUGCCGCCAACUUGGAGCAACUGGAGGUGCUGCAGACCAGCCGCUGGCUGGAGUCGCAGACAGAAGUGCUGGCCUCACAGGUUCAGCACGCUGUUCAGCUGGAGGUCAAGCGGUACCACUCGACCUGCCAACUCCUGAGCGACUUCUACUACUCUGCCAUGCACAUGGGCUUGCCCGAGGAGCACCAGCCUCCACCGAAAGUGGACGUCUUCCAACCAGAGGAGCCUGAGGAGGUCCCGGACCCGAAGAAGAAGGAGAAGGACAAGAAGAAGGCGAAGGAUGAGCCGCCGGAGCCCGUCAUCAGCCCUGAGGAGAAGGCUGCUGCCAGACUCUGCCGAUGGGUAGAGCAGGAGUCUGGUGGCCACUGGGAGUUUCCUUUCCUCUCCGAUUUGAUGGACCAGGCGCAGAAAGCUGUGUGGAAGUUGGAUGACUUCCGCCCGCCAGCCAUAGAGGCAAAUGUGCCCGAGGAAGAAGAGAAGGAAGAUCCCAAGGCGAAAGCCAAGGCAAAGGGGAAGGCGAAAGCCAAAGCAAAAGCAAAAGAGGAGGAGGCUCCUCCACCCCCGCCACAACCAGCACCGGCCCUUUUCGUGGACCUGCAGCAGGCAUUGCUCGCGGAGCGCGUGACAUUCUGUCACAGGCUAACCACCAUCCGUGGCUGGGCCUUGCGGCGGCUGCAGCAGGCUGCAAGCUCCACGAAAGCUACCUUCGGGCAGCUAAAUGACUGGGUCGUCCUCAGAAGGCACAAAGACCUGGAGUCCGUCUCCUGCCUGAUCGACGUUGUGAAGGAGCAUGUGGAGAGUGAGGACUUCAUCAAGACCAAACUGAGCCUGGAGAAUGCUCAUCUUCAUCGCAGGCCGAAUUCGCUCCUCCGAGCGCCGAAGCCGCCGAUCGUGCCACCACCCGUUGAGGGGCUUUCGCCUUUCCGUUGGACGAUAGAGCAGCUCUCUGGGCUCCUGGAGGCCGUCAGCCAUGCCUGCCAGGGCAUCUCGGCUAGCUGCAGGAUGCUGCCCAACUACAACUUGCUGGGCAUCCUCUUGCAGCUAACUUCGGCUGAUGGAAGUGACAAGCGGACGGUCAAGGUACCAAGCAACUGGCGAAGCUGCGGCGCUGCAAAGCUGAAAGCUUUGCUGGCGACCUUCGACCAUCCCUACUCCUCAAAUUGUAUAGAUGUUGUGGACUUCUUGCUCCACAUGUGUCUGCUACACAGCCCCCUGGGGUGGCCCUCGCUGAACACAUUGAUGGAGGUCAGGAAGGUCCUCGAAUCACAGAAGCCGCAGAACGCAUCCUGGCCAGACUUCUACGUGCCUGCUUCAGUCGUAGAGACUCUACCUCUCUUCGACGACCCAAGUGGUGCCGAGGAGUCUUUUGCGCGCAAGUUCAAGCCAAUCACUUCAGAAGCGCCUGGCAGGUUUGAUCGGUCCAAGGCGCAGCUAAAGUUUGUGAGUGAAGUGCUGAAGCGCUUCCGUGCUCCAUCAUUUGAGCGGGAGGCAUGGUCGCUGGAAGUUUCGUGGUAUGACUACCGCGUGCGUAAGGUUGAGGAGUCUGAGAGACUCGUCGAGAUGCUUGAUGACAUGCGAACAACGCCGUCUGACACACCUCGACAACAAGUCGACUCGAUGCCUGCGCUGCUUGGCCACGAGGAUACUGUGUCGGCGGAUCCGGAUGAUGCGGUCUCCACAGGUGGGCAAAGCACCUGGUCCUCUGGCAGACCGGAGAAGCCUCGCCCGGAAGAACCGGUGAAUGCCCCGGAGCCGCCCAACAUUGACUACAUCUCUGUGAGGCAGCUGAUGGCUUACUUCUGCCAGGGACCGACCACCGAAGAGGGAAUUGCACGCGCUUUCACAGUGCUGGCACCAAGCGGCGCAGCUUCGAACGGCAUCCCCGUGGAAGCCGCCCAUGCCGCCCUCUUGUCGAUCGGAUCCAGGCAGCUACCAACGGUCUGCCAUGGUGACUCGCGACCUGCCUUCCCGGCGCUGCAGAAAAUGUGUGAGGAGCUGGACAACAAGUGCGGCGGCUCAGCUCGAGCGACGGGCCUGGUGGGGAAAGCCGAAGCCCUGGAGCUGGUGAAGAUCCUCAGCCUGGGCCGGAGGCAUCGGCGGGCGGAGGUGGAAAAGAUCUUCCCGAAAGUGAAGUGA